AUGCUGCCAUUGAAGCAGAGGUUGGCAAUCAUGCGAAGUACGAAGGUGGCGGAGAGUCGGGAGCUCAUGGAUAUUGAGGACCUGCAGGUGCUGAGGAGGGCGCAGGUGGUGGGCAUGACCACGUCCGGGGUGGCCAAGAUGCAGCGCCUCAUCACGGCGCUCGGCCCGCGAGUCAUCAUUGUGGAGGAGGCUGCUGAGGUGCUGGAGGCCCACAUUCUGACCUCGCUCACCCCGCAGACACAGCACGUCAUACUUAUAGGCGACCACCUGCAACUGCGGCCCAAGGUGGAGGUGUACGAACUCAGCAAGGACUCUCACAAGGGCUUCGACUUGGAUGUCUCGCUUUUCGAACGCCUCGCCCUCUCCAAGCAAAUCCCUGUCUACACCCUCGCAACGCAGCACCGCAUGCGUCCGGAAAUCGCCGACCUCAUCCGCAGCACCAUCUACCCAAAGCUCACAGACCAUCCAUCCGUCCAAAGGUUCCCCGACGUUCGCGGCAUGGCCACAAAUUUGCACUUCUGGGACCAUGACAGCCCGGAGAAGGGCUGUGAUAACCUGAACGAGUCGAAGUCUAAGACUAACGAGGGAGAGGUGGACAUGGUAGUGAGGUUGGCGACGUAUCUGCUGCAGCAGGGGUAUGCAGGAGGGGAGAUCACCAUCCUCACGCCCUAUGUGGGCCAGCUGCUGAAGCUACGCCAGGCGCUUUCUCGUGUGGUCAAUGUGAGGCUGGGGGAGAGUGAUGCUGAGGUGGUGGAGGAGGCUGAGGAGAAGGCUGCAGCUAGGGACGGUGGAUCUCGAGGACGUGAUGGCAGGAGCAAGGGAGACUCGUCACACAACUCAUGGUCGCAGAGCAAGGGGCCGGGACCUGGGGGGAACCCUCUUGUGGCAUCCACGGCAGAUCUGAAAGAUGAAGUGCGGUUGGCAACGGUUGACAAUUUCCAGGGCGAGGAGAGUACUGUAAUCAUCAUCUCACUCGUGCGGAACAAUGGUGACGGCAAGAUUGGGUUCCUCAAGAGCCCCAACCGCACCAACGUGCUGCUCUCCCGCGCCAAGCAUGGCAUGUACAUCAUUGGUAAUGCCAGCACAAUGAAAGCUGACCCCAAGUCUGUGCUUUGGCCAAAGGUCCUGAACAUCCUGCAGGGGAAAGACCACAUUCAGAAGUUCAUUCCGAUGCAAUGCGUGAACCACCCUGACACCAUCACGCACAUCGAGAGUGCGAGCGACUUCAAGGAGAAGGCGAAGUUCUGCACUGCUCCCAACUGUGGUCCCAAGCCAAAAAGGGAGUCCAUAGUGGAUCUUGUGACGCUGGAGACGUUAGGGGAGGUGAAUCCAGAUGAGAAUCCCAUUCUCGUGCUCGCAUGUGGGCAUGCUUACACUGUAGAGACCCUUGAUGGCCAUCUUGGGCUGGAUGAGGUUUAUCUGCAGUCAAAACCACUGGGCGGUGCUGAUGGUGGUGCAUCCAGUACGGGCACAAUUGGUUCUGGUGCUGCUGGGGCUGCUUCUAGUGGGGGUGGUGCUUCUUGUGGAGGUGGGGCUGUUGGAGGUGGGUCUGCAGGCAAGUGGUUGGCAGUGCUGCCGUUUGAGAACGGCAAUUUCUCAGAUCUCAAGGGCUGCCCUGAUUGUCGCCAUCCAAUCACAGGGCUCCGACGAUACGGCAGGAUAGUCAACAAGGCUUUAUUGGACCAAUCAGAGCGCAAGUUUGUCAUUGAGUGUUCCGCUGACCAGGAGUCAGCCCAACGGAGACUGUCUCGGCUUAGCCGUGCUGUGGCUAGGUGCACUGGGGAUGCUCCACCAAAUCACCUAGACGAAUUGCGAAAGUCUGUGACAGGUUUCAUGCGUGAAGCAGAGCGUCUGCGUGCUGCAUCCUUGAAUCCACCCACAUGGAAGACUUAUCAGGCGUCCAUAGCUGCUCUUCAGAGGAAGAAUGCGCUGCUGGGAGGCCAGGCAUGGGGUGGUGGACGAGGUGUGGCGAGUGGUGAUGGUUUUCCUGCAGCAGCAGCAGCGUUGGAGGAGGAAUGCCGUCUGCUCUACGUUCCCCAGCCAGACGCACGCCCUCCUUGCGAGUCACUCAUCAUUUUGGCAAAGUGCCAUGAACUUCUCAUGACCCUGAACCUCCUCCACUUGCGGGACCACCUGAGGAAUCUUCGAAAUUCAACAGGGCAGAGAAGUGCCCCGACCACAGGGCAUUUUUACCAGUGCGUUCGUGAGUGCAGAAUAACUGUGCAUGCGUGCCUGAACAAUGCGCGUGAGUAUCUUGUGGCGGCCAUGGAUUGGGCUGGGAAUUGCAAGGCGCACCAGCUGGAGGCGAGGGCACGAUUGCAGCUGGUUGAUGUGUACCGUGCAUUUGUGGAAGGGAUGAUGGCAGAGCGCCUGCUGUGGAGCUCCAUUAUUGAUCUGAAUGGAUCUAAGGCGCAACAGUUGGAAUAUCUUGAGAAGGCCAAGUUCGAGUGCCGAAUUGUGGCAUAUCAUGACCUGGCAUCGGAUUCCCGUCUUGUUCACAAGAUUAGGAAGGAAAACACCCCUAAUACCAUACUAGUUCUAAGCAAUACAGUCCACUCUUGCCUUUUAGGGAAGCUGCCAGAUGUUCACUUGCUCAUCUCGUCAUGGCUGGAGAAAGGGGAGGGGAAGGACCGCACAGUCCGAGAUGAAGCAUACGAGGCUUUAGCUGGAGCGUACGCCUUCGUCGGCAUGGUGGCUCUGAUCCAGCUCAUUCGCAUUCAGCGCAGAGUGCCGGAGUACGGCUGGACCACGCAAAAGGUCUUCCACCUCCUCAACUUCGUCGUCAAUGCCUUGCGAGCCGUGGUGUUUUUCUUCCGCGAGGAGGUGGAGGUUCUAAGCAAGGGCGACAACCAUGUGAGUCGCGAUUCCCUGAUUGAUGUGCCCAUGUCACUAUGA